AUGGCAGAAUACAAGCUCUCCUACGAAUCCCAGCUGGAUGCAUUCCACCCCUCCUAUCGCUGGGAAAGCCACGACCCAAGCGAGGACUGGAAAUCGAAAGCCCUCCGUGGUCCUGCCCUCCCAGUCCUCGGAAAUGCUGUCGCUGGUGCCGUAGGCUCAGCCGUCUCUAACGUCGUCGUCUACCCACUCAACGUGAUCGUCGCCCGACUACAAACACAACAGAGGAACAAAAAUAAGACAAAGGAUGAUGAAAUCAUAGAUGAUGAGGAGGAAGAGGUACAAUCCGGUAUUUUCGACGCCGCACACAAAAUCUAUCUCCAAGAGGGCCUUGCGGGUUUCUAUCCAGGCUUAGCACAGGAUACCUGCAAAUCAGUCUUGGAUUCCUUUCUCUUCUUUCUCGCAUACACGAUUGUUCGUCAGCGCCGAAUAAUCGCACGGGUUGGUCCAGCUCGCGCAGCAAGGAAUAAGAAUAUCGUCUUGCCUCUCCUCGACGAACUCGCUAUUGGGGUUGUGGCAGGAUCUUUCUCUAAGUUAUUUACUACCCCACUAGCAAACAUCGUCACCCGGAAACAAACUGCAGCUAGCAAAGAUGGAGCUUCGAGCCUGUCUACAAGGGAGAUAGCAGCGCGUAUCCGGAAAGAGAAAGGUAUAGCUGGGUUCUGGUCUGGAUACUCGGCUUCGCUUAUCCUAGCGCUCAACCCCUCUCUUACUCUUUUCCUGAAUGCACUGCUGAAGCGUAUUCUUCUCCCACGUUCAAAACGGGAUAAGCCCUCGCCUGCUAUCACAUUUUUACUCGCGGCUUUGAGUAAGUCUGCUGCGUCGUCGGUUACGUAUCCGUUUUCGCUGGCGAAGACACGUCUUCAGACUAUGAGUGGCUCGAAGGGUGAGCAGACUCCCGGUACGACGUUGAAGUCGAGGACGCUUCUUUCUGCUCUGAUGCCUCAGAUUAUAACUACUGUUAUUGCUAUCGCUCGAGUGGAAGGUAUCUCUGCUCUCUAUUCUGGACUCCAGGGUGAGGUGUUGAAGGGAUUCUUCUCUCAUGGGUUUACCAUGCUGGCAAAGGAUGCGGUUUACGGAUCUAUUGUCAAAUCUUACUACAUGUUCCUCGUGCUCUUGCGUCGGUACCCUUCGCCUGAGGAGUUGAUUGAACGGGCGCGCGAGCAGGCGGAAGAGUAUAGGGAGAUUGCGCUUGAAGGCGCUCGUGAUCUUGCUGAGAAGGUCAAGGAGGGUGCUGAAGAUGCCUUGGAUAGCCAUUCUGGAGGUAUUUCUGUGGAUAUGACCUCAAAUACGGCUGCUGCGGUAGCUGCUGUGGGUCAGGAUGCUAAGUAUGGUGUUGAUGCUUCCUCCGGUCUCAAGGUACCUCCCGUACCAGAUGAGAUCAAUGAGACUGCUGAAUUGGUGGGAGACUAUGUUGAAGACGAAGCAGAAGAAUGGAAGAGUUUCUAUCAUUGGUUCUGGGAUAAGGAUCGAGGACAUAAAGAAUGA